AUGUCAGGGACAGACCAGCCUGCUCUAGCAAGUCCCAGUGGAGUGACGCCUGACUUUGCGCAUCCGAGAGAUGCUCUUCGCACUAUUCUUUUUGUCACACAAUGCCUUUGUAUUCCCGUCGUAUCCGUUCUUAUCGUGCUUCGGUUAUAUGUGAGAUUUCGGUUCCAGCAGCAGCUAGGAUUUAAUGAAUUGUCGAAACAUGGCGGCGGCUGCUAUCAAUGGGAGAUUUAUGAAUCCCAGUUGGUGAACUUCAUGAAGAUAGCAUACAUUGCAACUCUAUUCUACGCCCCGAUGGCCCUCUUUGUCAAGGUCGCCCUGUUAACCCUUCUAGCUCGCAUUUUCAAACCAUACCGCAAAUGGGUCAUGUUCAUCUAUCUCAUCCUUGGAGUGGUUUUGAGCUACUACAUACCUGCCUUCGUCAUCAAAGCCCGCAUCUGCGAUCCUGUAUCAGCCUACUGGAACGGAACCAACAGCGGCGGCUCCUGCAUCGACCAGAGCAAAGUCAUCAUGGCCGACUCAGUCAUCAGUGUGGUGACGGACUUGGCAAUUCUCAUCCUCCCCUUACCAUUAACCUGGUCGCUUCAAAUGCCGUUCAGCCAAAAACUGAAGGUUAUUGGACUUUUGAGCGCGGGAGGGCUUGCAACGGCCUUUAGUUUAUAUCGGUUGGUGAUGAUUGCGAGAGAUGGACAGUCCCCCGAUCAAACAAUGGUGUUUACACGCGUUGUGCUUACUGGGAAUGCAGAGGGAGGCAUUGGACUGAUAUGUGCCUGUCUUCCGGCACUAAACAAUCUCAUCUCUCGUACCCGCAGAAAAAACUCAUAUUAUUCAAACCAAGAAUCACACGCCAGCUCACGACUACAACUACGAAAGAUCCGAGGAUCUAGGAGUGAUAAUCGGCCCAAGAUAAACAGGACGGUGGAGGAUGGAUCAGCAUUUGGGUCAGAUGAGAGAACCUUGAUAUCCAAUGCUGAUGCGUCGCACAGCGUUAAUGAUUUCUCUGACCACGCUCAAUUUGACGGGGCGAUCAUGAAAAGUGUCGCAGUUUCCCAGUCUGUGGAGAUGAGGGAUACAUGA